AUGUUUUCCAAAGUACAGUUACAAAUAUUAGUUGAUGAUAGCAUCAUAUACAAACCAAAUGAUACAGUAACAGGCUCUUUAAUAAUAAAAGCGAAAAAAAGUUUUGACCUUCGGGUAAUAAGCCUACGAUUCUUUGGUAUGUUACAUACGACCUAUAUCGAAAGAAUCGUUAUUAGAGAUACGUAUUCUCAAGAAAAUGGGAAUAUAGACACUAAUACACGAACGAAAUACAUUCAUCAUGAAGAGCCUCACCAUUUGUUUAUGGAAACUGAAAAAUUUAAUUCUACGUUGAACCUAGAGAGAUUUGCCGAGGACGAAAUAAAAGAGUAUUCUUUCAAUUUUGUAUUUCCUCUGUCAGCGACAUGUCAUGAAUGUGGCAAGCAUUCUACACUACCUCCGACUAUUAAUCGAGUAGAAGGUGAUUCUAUGAUUUUAAGUGCAUACUAUUCGCUAGAAGCUGAAGUUGUGCCUGAUUCACGCUUUAGUACAUCAAGUAGAUGCCAGAAGAUCCUAAACUUUCAACCAGUUGGAGAUGAAAGUUUGAUAACGGUGCUUAGAAAUUCCUCAGAGAUACCAAAGCAGACAGUUGUAUGGAGAUCUAAAUUGAAAAAAAUUGUAGAUGAAAGGUAUUUAGAGCUUUAUGAUGAUAAUCAUGAAAUAAAAGAUUCUAGUACAAUUUCAUCACUUAUGUCAAUUUCAAGCCCACUAAGAAAACCACAUAGAAAUACCAGGGCAAUUAGAGGAAUCUUUAAUAAGAACUAUAGAUCUGAAAUUUAUGACAAAUUAGUAGGUGAUGUUAAAUUAGAAGUAGAGUUGAUUCUAGUUUCCAAAUUAUUCAAUAAUUCGACAAAUAUAUCUGAUACUUUAAAAUUGUUUAUCCGUAGUCGAAUUGAAGAUUUGAGGCCCAACUUUUUAUUAUAUUGUGAUGAAUCGUCACAGUUGGGCUCUUUUGUUAUUACAGAUAUUUCGCUUUCAAUAACAAGCAACUAUUCUAUAUUUGCGCAAGGCCAUAGGGGGUUCGUGAAAAGAACUACGCCAAUACUCAAAAAGUUUUACGGCUACGAAUUGACUUUUGAUUUGAUAGAUUUUUUGCCAAGUAUCAAUGAUCCUCUUGUAAGAGAAUGGAAAAUUCCGAUUGAGAAACUAUUCAGCAACGAAAAAAUGAAUUUGAGCUCCAUACUACUAGGUCCUAAUUACAGUAGUGCUUGUGGUGCUUUGGAAUUAACGCAUACAAUUGAUUUACUGUUGGGAAUUGCAUCAAAUAUAGAAGAAUCUCCACAGUACUCGAAUUUCUCUUCCGAUAUUGUUUUAGUGUAA